AAGAUAAAAUCUGAUUUCACACUUUUACUACUUUGGCAACUGAAAUUUAACCCCAAAGUUUGAAAUAAUACUACAAUCUACAGCUUUAUUUCUCCAACUGAUUUUAUGAGUGCUUUGAGGCUCUAUCAUACAAGAACCAGACACAAUUGUCUUAACAACAAACUCUCUGCUUUCAACAUUUACUUCAAAUUCUUCAGCACAAUCUCAGUCCAAUGCAGUCAACAACAGCCAAUAAACCGCCCAUUUCAAUGCCUGCAAGACCACCAAGAACCAGAAAUAUCUGGUUUUCAUCAAAAGGGAUUCUCCAAUAUCACCCAACACAUAAUUGGAAGGGCAGUUCAUGCAGUUUGCUUAAAGGAACAACCCCAUUUAAGCAUUUUCCAUUACAACACUUUGAUCAAUAUGUACUGGAAAUUUGCAAGAAUUGAUGCUGCCCGCCAUGUGUUCGAUAGAAUGCCUGAGAGAAAUUCUGCGUCUUGGAAUAAUAUGGUGUCUGGGUUUGUUAAGAUGGGUCAUUACUGGAAUGCUGUGGAUCUUUUUGUUGAAAUGUGGGGUUGUGGAAUUCAACCAAAUGGGUAUUUUAUAGCUAGUUUGUUGACUGCAUUUAGUAAAUUGGAAAAUAUGGUUUUAGAAGGAUUUCAAAUUCAUGGAUUGGUUUUGAAAUAUGGCUUGUUGAAUGAUGUUUUUGUGGGCACUUCUUUUCUCCAUUUUUAUGGUGUAUGUGGAUUACCUUGUAGUGCUAAAACAUUGUUUGAGGAAAUGCCUGAAAGGAAUGUUGUUACUUGGACUUCUCUGAUGGUUGCAGAUUCGGAUAACGGUUACCCGGAAGUGGUAAUAAAUUUAUACCAAAGAAUGAAGCAUGCGGAGGUGUUUGGUAAUCAAAACACGCUUACUGCUGUUAUUAGUUCUUGUGUAGCUCUUGAUGAUGAUUUUUUGGGUUAUCAAGUACUAGGGCAGGUUGUAAAAUCUGGAUACCUGGAUAAUGUUUCUGUAUCAAAUUCUCUUAUUUCGAUGUUUGGUAGUUUUGGUUGCAUUGAGGAUGCCUCUUAUAUCUUUGAGGGGAUGAUCGAGCGUGACACUAUAUCGUGGAAUUCAAUUAUUUCUGCACUAGCAUAUAACCAAUUAUACGAGAAAGCGUUCAGCUCCUUUUCUGGAAUGCGUCAUGACCACGACGAUGUCAAUUCAACGACACUUUCUGCAUUGUUGUCUGUUUGUGGAACUAUUGACUGUCUAAACUUAGGAAGAGGUGUCCAUGGUUUGUCUUUGAAAUUGGGAUGGGAUUCUAAUAUUUGUGUCUGUAAUACUCUUCUCUCCAUGUAUUUGGAGGCUUCAAGGGACAAAGAUGCCGAAAGUUUGUUCUUGGCAAUGCCAGCAAAGGAUGUGAUUUCGUGGAACUCCAUGAUGGCUGGUUAUGUUUUAGCUGGUGAGUACUUCAAGGUUUUGGAAGUGUUGGCUGAACUGCUUCAAUUGCGAAGAAUAGUUAAUUAUGUGACUUUUGCUAGUGCUUUGGCUGCGUGUUCGGAUGGUCAAUUGCUUGAUGAAGGCAAAACUGUUCAUGCUCUUGUAAUUGUUCACGGGCUCCAUGACAAUUUAAUAGUUGGCAAUGCAUUAGUCACCAUGUACGGAAAGUGUAGUAUGAUGAGGGAGGCUAAAAAGGUAUUUCAAAAAAUGCCUGACAGGGAAUUAGUCACUUGGAAUGCAUUGAUUGGUGGCUAUGCAGAUAAUAAGAACACACUUGAGGCAGUGAGAACUUUUAAGUCAAUGAGAGAGGAAGAGGAUUCUCCAAAUUACAUUACUUUGAUCAAUGUUCUUGGUUCUUGCUCAACUGAAACUGAUCUGCUGAAGUAUGGCAUGCCGUUGCACGGUUACAUAAUUCUGACUGGUUUUGAGACAAACGAAUACAUCAGGAACUCUCUCAUAACAAUGUAUGCCGACUGUGGUGAUGUCGUUUCAAGUAAUCUUAUCUUUAAUGCACUAAUACAUAAGACAUCAGUGACCUGGAAUGCUAUGCUUGCUGCGAAUUCUUGUCGUGGUCUCUGGGAGGAAGCAUUGAAACUUCUUCUGCAGAUGCAAAGGGAAAAGCUGGAGUUUGACCAAUUCAGCCUCUCUGCUGCACUUUCAGCUGCAGCAAACUUGGCAUCCUUGGAAGAGGGACAACAGAUUCACUGUUUAGCUACUAAACUUGGGUUUGACUCAAAUUCUUUUGUUGGAAAUGCUACAAUGGAUAUGUAUGGGAAAUGUGGUGAAAUGAAUGAUGUGCUGAAAAUACUCCCCGAACCAAAUCUGCGUCCGAGAUUGUCCUGGAAUGUAUUAAUAUCUGUUUUUGCCAGACAUGGAUUUUUCCAGAAAGCUAGGGAUACUUUUCACGAUAUGGUAAAGCAAGGUUCAAAGCCAGACCACGUCACCUUUGUCUCUCUUCUAUCAGCUUGUAGUCACGGUGGUCUAGUAGAUGAAGGUCUCAGAUAUUUUGCUUCUAUGACUUCCGAAUUUGGAGUCCAGGCUGGCAUAGAGCACUGUGUUUGUAUAGUAGACCUUCUUGGAAGAUCUGGAAGGUUCCCUGAAGCCAUAGCUUUUAUUAAAGAAAUGCCAGUGCCACCAAAUGACUUUGUUUGGAGAAGCUUGUUGGCAGCAUGCAGGAUGCACGGAAAUACAGAACUAGGAAAGCUAGCAGUUGAAAAUCUUCUGAGAUCUAACCCAUCGGAUGAUUCGGCUUAUGUUCUUUAUUCAAAUAUCUGUGCAACUUCUGGGAGGUGGCAGGACGUUCAGAAUGUGAGAGCUGAAAUGGAAUCACAUAAAGUGAAAAAGCAGCUUGCUUGCAGUUGGGUCAAAUUAAAGAACCAAAUUAGCACCUUUGGGAUCGGAGACUUGUCUCACCCGGAGUCAGAGCAAAUAUACAGGAAGUUGAUAGAACUAAGAAAAAAGAUUCAGGAGGCCGGUUAUAUUGCUGAUACAAGCUUUGCAUUGCAUGACACUGAUGAAGAACAGAAGGAGCACAAUUUAUGGAUGCAUAGUGAAAGACUUGCACUAGCAUAUGCUUUGAUUAGUACUCCUGAAGGUUCAACUCUUCGAAUAUUUAAGAACCUUAGAGUCUGUGGCGAUUGUCAUUCGGUUUUCAAGUUCGUAAGCAGCAUUAUUAGUAGGGAAAUCAUAUUGAGGGAUCCUUACCGGUUUCACCAUUUCAGUGGUGGCCAAUGUUCUUGUGGUGAUUACUGGUGAUCAUGGUGUUGGUAAUCUCCGAUAAAUUUUAAAGAUUUGAGUGGGGUUUUGGAAUGGGCACUCUACUUAGCUCUUGGGAGAGGAAGAGUCUCAGUUCUGAAGACAUGGUCAGAUCUUCAAUAUUGAAAUGAAACGCGAUCAGAUCAUUGCGCGUGAAUCGUGGCAAAGAUGGAGUGCUGAUACCUCAUUUGAUGCUAAUGAGUUUUUCUAAGCAACUUUUUGCCAUCUUCCUAUGCAGUCAAGCAGGAAGGUGAGACAAUGACCCUUGGUGGAAAUACAGGGACACUGAUCAAAGUCUAGUUAUGUUUGCAAGGGAGAACUAGAAACUGGGUCUUGUAUUCCCCACGUAAUUUAUUGUCUAUAAUGCAUCAACAGGGAUUUGCUUGAGAUUGAGAAAUAGCCAUUGCUAUUGUCACAUAAAAAGGAUUUGGAUGAGUACUAA